AUGGUCCUCCUCGACUUACUGACAUUCGGCCUCUGGUCAAAGCUGGCAAGGUUGACUCAUUAUGCCUUUGAUGCUGUGCUCGUUUCCACCAUCCUUGCGGGGAUGAAGCGCUCGACCGGCCUGACUUUCCAAGCCGAUCAGAUUGGUGAUUCGGACCAGGACCCCUUCAGGAAGUUCAUGAACCGCUACCUAGGUGUCGGCGAGUGGGUGAUGGAUCAGUCGGUUGCCAUCGCAGGCUCGAGCAAGUGGUUCAAGAGAACCCGGUAA